AUGUGGGAGCCUGAGCAGAGCGGGCUGGCGAACAUCGCCGGCCUGUUGUCCCAGGGCCUGCAGCCGGGGGCGAAUCAGGCGGAGAUUCUGAAGCAGCUGGACGAGUGGGGCAGGUUCCCGGACUUCUGCAAGUACCUCGCGUACAUCUUCUCCAGCGACCAGGCCCCGGACGACAUCAGGCAGAGCGCAGGCCUCCUCCUGAAGAACAACGUCCUGCGGCAGUACCGGAACCUCGACGCCGGGGCGCAGGCCUACAUCCAGCAGUCGGUCCUGCCGGCCCUCGGGAGCGACUCCAAGCCGCUGCGCUCCACCGCGGGCACCAUCGUCGCCGCCGUCGUCGGCGCGGGCACGUGGUCCGCGUGGCCCUCCCUCGCGGCCGACAUCGCGCAGGCGCUGCGCGCGGGGCAGCCCGCGGCGCUCCUGGGCGCCCUCGACGUCGUGUACAAGGUCGCGGAGGAGUUCCCCCAGGAGCUGUCGGCGCGGGUGUCGAUGAACGGCGACGUCGCCACGCCGUCGCAGGCGCUCCUGCCGGGCAUGCUCGCGCUCGCGACGCACGCGGAGCUCCCCGUCCGGCGCCGCGCGCUCGAGGCCCUCAACCUGACGUCGGUGAUCAGUCCCCCCGGGAUGGAGGCUACGGCGGGGGCCUACCUGCAGGCGCUGUUCGCGCUCGCGCAGGAGCCCGACGGGGCGGGCGUGCACAAGGAGGUGUGCGACGGCAUGGUGCAGAUGGUCACCGCGCACCCGGACGCCGUCGCGCCGCACCUCCCGGGCAUCAUUGCCUACCUGCUGGCCAUGAUGGAGCGCCGCGACCAGGACGCCGACGCCGCGCUGGCCGCCUGCGAGUUCUGGUCCGCGUUCUGCGAGGCGCAUCUGGACCCGUCCCCGCUGCACCCGCACCUCCCGCGGCUCGUUCCGCUCCUCCUCGACAACCUCACGUACCAGGACGACGACGACGACGUCAUCGUCGCCGAGGCGCUCGAGGAGUCGGCCGCCGACCGCGACGCGGAGCUCAAGCCGUUCGUCCCGCGGUCCGCCGCGCACGGCGACGGCGGCGGCGGCGAGGGCGGCGACGACGACGGCGACGGCGACACGUGGGCGCAGUGGUCGCUGCGGAAGUCCUCGGGGAUGGCGCUGGACUUCCUGAGCAACACGUUCUGCGACGACCUGGUGCCGAUCAUGAUGCCGACGGUCCAGGCGCGCCUGGCGUCGCCGGACUGGCACCUGCGCGAGUCCGCGCUGCUCGCGCUCGGCGCCGUCAGCCACGGGUGCUACGUGGCGCUGCAGCCGCACCUGGCGACGCUCCUGGCGACGCUGCGCGCGCACGUGGCCAGCGGCGGCGGCGGCGGCGCCGCGCGGCACCCGCUCGAGCGCGCGAUCGCGUGCUGGUCGACGUCGCGCUUCGUGCCGGCCUGCCUCGAGCGCGCGAUGGAGAACGAGGACGGCGCGCUGGCGGCGGCGGAGGCGUCCGUGCGGGCGCUGAUCGGGGCGCUCGGGGACGCGAACCGCCGCGUGCAGGAGGCCGCGUGCGGCGCCCUCGCGGGGGUGUGCGAGGACUCCCCCGCGCCGCUCGUCGCCGCGCUGGCGCCCGCGAUCCUCGACGGCGUCGCGGCGGCGGCGCGCGCGUACGGCCGCCGCGCGACGCGGCACCUGUACGACGCGAUCAUGGCGCUCGCGGACGCGCUCGCGCCGUCCGAGGGGGGCGCGCGCGCGUCCCCGGGCGUCCUCGCCCAGGAGGACAACCAGCGCAAGCUCAUGCCCGCGCUCAUGCACAAGUGGCGCACGCUGGGGGACGGCGACGAGGAGCUCCUGCCGCUGCUCGAGGUCAUGGGGAGCGUGGCGACGGCGAUGGGCGCGGCGUUCGAGCCGUUCGCGCCGGACGUCGCGCUGCGGUGCGUGCGGCUGGUGGAGGCGCACGGCGGCGGGCAGGAACGCCCCGAGGCCGCCGCCGCCGGGGGGGCGCGCGCCGUGGACCCGUCGCUGUUCGUGGUGUGCGCGCUCGACCUGCUGUCGUGCACGUGCGAGGCGCUGGGGCCGCGCACGGCGGCGCUGCUGGACGCGCCGGAGCACCCGCUGCCGCUGGUGGACGUGGCGAUGCGGUGCGCGGGCAGCCCGCUCGCGGACGUCCGGCAGUCGGCGUUCGCGGUCGUCGGGGACCUCGCGCGCGGGUGCGGGCCGCGCGUGGCGCCGCGGGGCGGCGAGGUGGUGGCGCUUGCGGUGGCCUGUCUGGCGCCCGGGGCGGUGCGGACCGACACGCUGCAGGCGUGCAACAACGCGGCGUGGGCGGCGGGGGAGACGGUGCUGGCGAUGGACGCCGCGGGGGUGGCGCGCGUCGCCGUGGAGCUCGCCGAGGCCCUGGCGCGCGUGCUGGCGGCGGGGCCCGCGCGCAUGGCGCGCAGCCUGCUCGAGAACUCGGCCGUCGCGCUGGGGCGCGUGGCGUGGCGGGCGCCGGAGGCGCUGGCGCCGCAUGCGGCGCAGCUGGCGGAGCCGUGGUUCCUCGUGCUGCAGGGCAUCAAGGACGGGCGGGAGAAGGAGGGGGCGUUCUGGGGGGUGUGCGGCGUGGUGGCGCGGAACGCGGCGGGCGCGGCGGCGACGGACCGCGCGGCGGCGCUGCUGCUGAUGGCGUGCGCCUCGUGGCGGUCGAUGCGCGAGGCGGAGCUGCACGCGGAGCUGCGCGGGGCGCUGGCGGCGGUGCGGGCGCACCUGGAGGGCGCGGGGCGGUGGGGCGCGGUGUGGGGCGGGCUCAAGCAGGCGGCGCGGGACAAGCUGGGCGCGCAGUACGGGCUGCGGUAG